AUCUGCUAGAGACGACACAAGGCUCCGUGAUCCUGGACUUGAGUGCUUAUUAAUCUGGAAGGUAGGAGGCAGCUAAUGGGAAAUAGUCGGGAGAAAGAAGCCGACACAACGCAGACAGCGGGAAAUGAGUGGAUGUCCUGAGGGGAGAACCAUUUCAGCUGGCGACAGACUCCUGCACCUGUUUACAUAUAACUCAUAAAAAUCGAACUAUCGUUAUCAAACGGCUCAGGUUAGGCUACGCACAAACGGAAGAGUGUGACUAGACUAGGAACUGAAGUCUAAAAUGUCAGGGUUUCCUGGACCCUCACAACUACUCGUGGCAGUGAAGGAGGAGAUAAAAGAAGAAGAAGAAGAAUUUGAUUAUUUCCUACACGAGUAUCUGAGUGCAAUUCAUGAAGAGGAUGAAAAGCCUGUACUGCAAUAUGACUAUAAGACUGAAACACACACAGCACCAAUCUUGACCUGCAAAGAAGAGAAGUCUCCACUGACGAACAUUAAAGAGGAAGAAGAAUAUGAUUUAAGAGAAUUUGAUCAUGAGGACACUUCUCUGAGAAGAGGCUCUCAAAGGAUUCAGUCUCACAAAAAAGUGAGGAACACUGAGGAAAAAAGACACAAGAAGAAAAGUCACAAACGUUUCCGGUGCAGGAAGACUUCGUACCGAAAAUCACAUCAGCGACUGGUUACCAAGGAGACAAAACAUGAAUGCCCUCAGUGUUCCAGAACCUUUGUGUCAUUUUCCACUCUUGCAAUUCAUCAACGAGUGCACACAGGAAACAAGCCCCAUCAGUGCAGCACAUGUGGCAAGAAUUUCAGCAUUAUCUCAAAUCUCGCUAGACAUCAGAUCAUGCAUACUGGAGAGAAGCCGUAUCGGUGUUCUCAAUGCGGAAAGACCUAUUUUCGAAUAUCUGAUCUCAGGCUACACGAGAUGAUCCAUACUGGAGAAAGGCCAUAUCAUUGCACUACGUGCGAAAAGAGUUACAGGACUAAGUCAGAUCUUACCAAACAUCAAAUUGUGCAUAGGCCUAAUGGUGAAAAGGCACAUGAGUGUCCUCCGUGUGGAAAAACAUGUUGGAGAGCAUAUGACCUCAAGAAACAUCAGAUGAUCCAUACUGGGGAAAGGCCAUAUGAAUGUUCUACAUGUGGAAAGAGUUUCAGGGCGAGGCCAGACCUCACCAAACAUCAGAUCACACAUAAUAGGGAAAAGCCAUAAAAGUGUUCUCAGUGUGAAAAGUCCUUCAUGAGUAUCUAUCAUCUUAAAAGACAUCAGAUGAUCCAUACUGGGGAAAAGCCAUAUCAAUGUACUGUGUGUGGGAAGAGUUUCAGGCCUAGCUCACAACUCGCUACUCAUCAGAUGACACACACAGAAAAGCCUCACAGAGAAAAGCCUCAUAAGUGCUCUCAGUGUGGAAACGGCUUCACAACUGCAGGUAGUCUUAGGGCACAUCAGAUUAUUCAUACAGGAGAAAAAUCUUUUAAAUGUUCACAGUGUGGAAAGGCCUACAAUAACCUCUCUAAUCUUAGUGCACACAAGAAAACACACAGUGGAGGAAAGCCAUAUCACUGCAGCACAUGUGGGAAGAGUUUCAGAAGUAGAGCAGAUCUUGCCGAUCAUGAAAUCAUACACACUGGAGAGAAGCCUCAGAAGUGUUCUCAGUGUGGAGAGACUUUUGGUUGAAGGUUUCAACUC